UUCUCUCUCUAGAACAUGGGAGAAGUUGAAAGUUAAAAGAGAAGAAAGAAUAAAAAGAGGCAGUCAAAACCCCAUCAUCUAAUGAAGUUUCUUCUUCCACCUCUGUGAAAGAGAGAGAGAGAGAGAAAUGGGGUCAUCAGCGUCGGAGGCUCAAGAGAUAAUGGUGAGUCUAUUGCAAGCAGAUCAAGUGGCGGCCGCCGCCAACGCCGCCGCUAUAAGCACCAAUUUCAUUUCUUGGCCGGAAAACAACAACGUCAACAAUAUUAACUUUGUUCAACAAUCCUUAAAACCCUUCUUCUUCAGUACUCACCAAUAUUCCUCUCAUCAACAUCAACAACAAUCCCUUUUCCCGUUUUGCCCCUCAACUACCACUCCCUCCUAUCUCCUUUCCUCUCAAAACACACCCUCUCCUUCCUCUCUCUGGGAUGAAAUGGAGAGUUUCAUGAGAGGGAGAAAUGGGAUUGGAAAUUAUGGUGGUGACGGCGAUGACAACGACGAUCGAAAGCCUCAGUUGAGGAUUUCGACGUUGAAGAUGAAGAGGAUAAAAGGAAGAAAGAAAGUGAGAGAGCCGAGAUUCAGCUUCAAAACCAUGACGGAUGUGGAUGUUCUUGACGAUGGUUACAAAUGGAGAAAGUAUGGCCAAAAAAUUGUCAAGAACACCCUCCAUCCAAGGAGUUACUAUCGUUGCACAGAAGAGAAUUGCAAGGUAAAGAAAAGAGUAGAAAGAUUAGCAGACGAUCCAAGAAUGGUGAUAACAACAUAUGAAGGAAGACAUGCUCAUUCACCUUCAGAUCAUAAUGUAGAAGACUCCAUUAUGUGUCACUUACCCUCCUCCCAUCUCACCAAUUUCUUCUGCUAGAAUAAUAUAUAAUAUGCUUUGGUUUUAUAUAAUACAAUUACAUCAAUAAUAUAUGUUUCAACUUUAUAAUUAAGUUUCCUUGUAAAUUAAGCUUUCAAAUGAGGGUCAUUAGGUAGGAAACAAAGAAUAAUAAUACAUAUUACUGUUUGAAUGAUAUGAGUUAGAG